CGUGCCGCAGCGCGCGCCCAUUAGCGUGGCUUUCUUGGCGCUCUCGUGAGACAGCGGCGCACUUCAAUCCGCAACCGGUAGAGCAAUGUUCGGUACAAACGGACACGGAGCUAUUUUGAAACAGUCCAGAGCAGGGAUGAAGAGGCCCAGGAGCCCCGGGCUACUGGAGAAUGUCCUCCUGCCGAAGGCCAAGGAAGAGGAGGAGGAGGAAGAAAAGGAGCGAGCCGCCCCUGGGCGGAGGCCUAAGCGGGAGAGGAGACCGAGCAGUGUGACUCUGUGUGAGGUGUGUAACAUCCAGCUUAAUUCAUUGGCCCAGGCCCAGAUCCACUACAACGGCAAGACUCACCAAAGAAGGCUUCGCCAGUUCAAUCUCGCCAAGGCCUCCAAUGCCACGCACACACACACAGGUACACUGUCCCAGGCCAACCCCCUCCUGGCCUCCCUAUCCCUCCCGGGACGGCCCCUCCAGACCGAGCUGGACCUCAAGCACUUCCUGCCGCUCCACGUCAACGCCUCCUCCCCCCUCAACCUCUUCCCCAACUUCAACAUGAUGGACCCGGUUCAGAAGGCGGUUAUCAACCACACGUUCGGUGUUGCACCGCCUAAGAGGAAACAGAUCAUCUCCUGCAACAUCUGUCACCUCCGCUUCAACUCCACCAACCAGGCUGAGGCUCACUACAAGGGCCACAAGCACACACGCAAGCUGAAAUCCAUGGACGCCCAGAGGAACCGUCAGAGGGGCCAGGGCUCCAUGGCAGGGAGGGAGAGAAACAGAGACAGGGGGAAGACUGGAGUGGCAAAGUCCCUACCAGCACUGAUGGACCCCAGCCUCACAGAAGGAACAGGCCUGCUCUCGUCUCACCAGCCCCCCACCAGCCCGAAGCUGGAUGACCCCCUCCAGGGGGUCUCCUCCACCCCUAUGCCUGUCUCGGAGACCUCUUCCCUGGACGCCUUGGCCCUCCUCUCCCCCCACGUCUCCCCUGCUGUCUACCAGCUCUCGGAGCUCACGUCAGAUGGUAGCCCUAUGGAGGGCCCCAGCCCGACCCCAGACUCCAACCCGUCACUGGAGGGCCAGGGAGAGUCCCCAGAGGCACCAGGAGGAGAAGAGGAGACCAGGCAGGGCAAAAAGAGCCCCCCUGCCAAGCAGCACCUCCACUGUCCCAUGUGCAAAAUCACAGUCAACUCCUCAUCCCAGCUAGAAGCCCACUAUAGCGGCUCCAAACACAAGCAGAUGCUGGAGGGCCAGGUGGGUGCUCAGGCGCGACGCCGAGGCAAGGUAAUGUCAUUACCUAGGCCGACAUGCAGGAGCAAGCAGGCAAUAAGCAGCAAGGCCAGGGUGGGCGUGGCCCUGGCUAGCCAACCGUUCCACUGCGAGAUGUGCGAGGUGUCCGUCAACUCGGAGACGCAGCUCAAACAGCACAUGAGCAGCAGAAGACACAAAGACCGGUUGUCAGGAAAGCCCCAGAAACCGAAGUUCAGCCCUUAUACUAAGAGCCAGCCAAACCCUGUUUUAGCGAGCGUGAGAUGGAGUGGUUUCCCGUUUGGGGGGGUGACCUCGGCCAUAGGGAAACUGGCCAGCCACUGCCACCUCAGCACUUACAGCCCUCAGACCAAACUGGCCCUGCAGAAGCAGCUGUCCAAGGCCCUGUCGGCAGGUUUCCUGGCCAGCCACAUGAACCCGGCCACCCUUUGCACCAUGGCCUCCAAUCCUCUGACCCUGCGGUGCCCCCCGGGGCCAGGCCAUACACCCCUCAUCCAGACCCCCCUGCUCAGCCCCGCGCUCUUCAGGCCUGCCCCGGGGCCCCUGAGGGCCACUCACACGCCCAUCAUCUUCUCGCCGUACUAGCCGAGUUUGGACUAGCUUGGAUCAAAUUGGCAUACAUUUACAUUUUAGUAGAGCAGACGAUCUAGCCCGGCCUUUCUAGAUGAAAAAAAGGACCUAAGUGGAGCUACUCUGAGGCCCUGUCCAGAAACAACCCUUUACCCUCAUACCUUGGCAGUUGUGUACAGUACAGUAUAUCAUUUUAUGCUGUAUAAAAUGAUUAGAUAGGUACUGUAUGUAAGCAAUAUGGUUGGAGCUCCACUUUAACUUCUAAUAGGCUAAUUUGAAUGUUCACCCUAUCGCUGAAACCCAUCAAAUCCUUUCAGAUCUUCACCAGUGCACAGAGGUUAAGGGUUGAUUUUGUACAGGGCCUAAAACGUUUCUAUGCAGCCAAUGAGAGCAGAGCAGCGUGCCACCAAGUCCAACAUGCAAAACCGCUUACUGGCUACGGUGCUACACACUGGAGAACCAGAGAUGGCCGUGGCAUUUCAGCCACAGAAUUGUUGCCCCUCUCUCCCGUUGGCUCUCUGACGACUGUCGACUGCAUGCUCCAACGUGGUCUGGAGGACCAUCUUUGAAGCCAUAGCGAUGAACGAUCAAGUUGUAUUUGUUUUGUGCUAUUUAUUAGAUGACGAUAGAGAAGAAGGCCUAUAUUUAUGUCACGUAUAGUGUCUGUUGCCGAUGUCCCCUCGCUUUAGGAUUUUCCAAACAGUUUCACUCUGGGAGUAGGCCUACGCUGUCAGAUUUCCCUUGUCCAGUAUUAGUCCCGCACCUUUUUGUCAAGGAUACUGUUUUAUUUGUGUUGUGCUUUCAGCUAAGGUACUUUUCAACUAACACUUUCAUUGAAACCCGGUAUUAAAUCCCAAAAGAGCAAACCUAGCUAGGUAGAGCCUCCACUGGACGGCAAUGUAUCAGUCUCUCUCUCUCUCUCUCUCUCUCUCUCUCUCUCUCUCUCUCUCUCUCUCUCUCUCUCUCUCUCUCUCUCUCUCUCUCUCUCUCUCUCUCUCUCUCUCUCUCUCUGUACUUCUGUUUUCUAAAGCCUUGUUGAUGUUGGCCAACCUAAAUAAAACAGGUUUGCUAGGUUGCAGCCGGUAUCCACCGCAUUCACGGUAAAUGCUGCAUAAUGUAUGUCAGCUCAAACGGAAAGGACUUUCAAAUGUCAAUUCGCUAUAACGCGGAUCUACCUAAACGAUUUGAAUCCUGGCUUUGGUCUGGGAACAUGAUGCACGAUGCCAAUGUGAGACCCCGAGUCCCAGCAACCACAGACCGAUCAGACAACACAUUAUUAGUAAUUCUGUGUGGCUCAGGCAACGGCAUGGUCAUGUGUUCAAUUCUUGCAGGGAACACAUACACGUACUAAAGAAUGUAUGCACUCACUAUACUUCAAGUCGCUCUGGAUAAAUGAUGUAUACCCUGCUCUCAGCAUUUGACAGAGAAAGAUACAUAAAAUGUAGCUGGUCCCAGAUCUCUAUAUGCUUUCAAGAUAUUCAGAGGAGCUGGCUCAAGCAGAUCUGAAGUCAGGUUAACAUUGAUGGGUAUAAGAAGGUAUCGAUGAGGUAAGGGUCACUCUCUCUCGUGCUCUUUAUUUUUCUUCUUUCUCCCUUUCUUCCCUGUGUAAAAAGCAGUAUUAGUAGAGCCACAAUCAGCCCCCCACUCAAACCUGAUGGAGAAGAUUUUACUUCAGGGAAACAGGACUAAAGAGACAGAGAGAAGGGGGAGGGAGAGAGAGAGUGAGAGAGGCCUGCGUACAAAACACCCAUAAUCUGGGGCUUAUUCAGAAGGGUGCAGCGUCACAGAACAUUUAUCAUUUAGCAUAGAAGUACAGUACCAGUCAAAAGUUUGGACACACCUACUCAUUCAAUGGUUUUUCUUUAUUUUUUACUAUUUUCUACAUUGUAGAAUAAUAGUGAAGACAUCAAAACUAUGAAAUUACAUAUGGAUUCAUGUAGCAACCAAAAACGUGUUAAACAAAUUGGCUACUUCAAAGUAGCCACCCUUUGCCUUGAUGACAGCUUUGCACACUCUUGACAUUCUCUCAGCCAGCUUCACCUGGUUGAGAGUUCCCAUAAAUGCAGAGCACUUGUUGGCUGCUUUUCCUUCACUCUGCGUUCCAACUCAUCCCAAACCUUCUCAAUUGGGUUGAGGUUGGGUGAUUGUGGAGGCCAGGUCAUCUGAUGCAGCACUCCAUCACU